GCGAAACGCAGAAAAUUCUAAACUUUGGUUACCACUAUCGGAAAAAAAAAAACUCAAUUUGUUGCAAGAGAUUCAUUUGAUUUGAUCCCAAAAAUAUAAUUAUUGAAUUUAUAAUAGUUAUAAUAGUUGUAAUAGUUAUUCAAUAACUAUUUUAAAUACUAAAAUAUAUUUCUUUUCAAUUUAUUCAUUCUUCAGUUUCAUCAUUGCAUUUCCCAGCUAAGCCAAACCCACGUGCACGUUUUCUUUCGUCGUUUUCUGAUAAAACGGUGCCGUUUUUGAUAGAAGGAGAAAAAGUGUGUUCCGAUGAUGUAGAGAGGUUGAUCUGAAAUGCACCGGCUACCGAAUAGCGGACAUUCGACGCCGUCAUCUCCUCAAUCACCGGUACGUUCGCCGAGGCUCCGUCAAGGGAAGUCUAAGGCGGGGAAAUUUUCUUCUGGAGGGAAUAGUUUAGCGCAGAGGUUGAGUUUGAUGUUGCUCUCGGUUCUUCUCCGGCGACAGGGCGUUUUCCUGUUCGCUCCUUUGAUUUAUAUCUCCGGUAUGCUUUUAUAUAUGGGAACGGCGUCGUUUGAUGUUGUUCCGAUCAUUACACACCGUUCUGCUCCUGGUUCGGUUUAUCGUAGUCCUCAGCUUUAUGCUAAUCUUCGCCGUGAUAUGGAUUCGGAUAACUCUUCUACCGAUGCGAUAUUUACAAUAUGGAAGAGUCCAUAUAGAGGUGGUGAAUGGAAACCAUGUGUAAACAGAUCUUUAGAAGAGCUACCUGAAUCUAUUGGAUACAUAUAUGUAGAUGCUAAUGGUGGUUUAAAUCAGCAGAGGACAUCGAUAUGCAAUGCUGUUGCUGUGGCUGGCUAUCUAAAUGCUACCCUUGUGAUCCCCAACUUCCAUUAUCAUAGCAUAUGGAAAGAUCAUAGCAAAUUCAGGGAUAUUUAUGAUGAAGAAUAUUUUAUCGAUACCCUUAAAAAUGAUGUACGGGUCGUUGACAAGAUUCCUGAGUUUCUAAUGGAAAGAUUUGGCAGCGACAUGACAAAUGUUCACAAUUUCAGGAUCAAGGCAUGGUCCUCCAUUCAGUAUUAUAGAGAUGUGGUACUCCCAAAAUUACUUGAAGAAAGGGUUAUAAGAUUUUCACCUUAUGCGAAUAGAUUGUCCUUUGAUGCUCCUCCAGUUGUCCAGCGCCUCAGGUGCUUUGCAAAUUAUGAGGCUUUACGGUUUUCAAGACCUAUAUUAACCAUAGGCGAAUCUCUGGUUGAAAGAAUGAAAAAUCAUAGUGCCAUUAAUGGUGGUAAAUAUGUUUCUGUACAUCUUCGUUUUGAAGAGGAUAUGGUUGCUUUCUCAUGUUGUGUUUUUGAUGGUGGAAAACCGGAGGCACAAAACAUGAUUGCUGCAAGAGAAAGAGGUUGGAGAGGGAAGUUUACAAAAGCUGGACGAGUCAUACGUCCUGGAGCAAUCAGGAUCAAUGGGAAGUGUCCCCUCAGCCCGACAGAGGUUGGCCUGAUGCUGAGGGGAAUGGGUUUCACCAAAAACACAUCUAUCUUUUUGGCAUCUGGAAAAAUAUAUAAUGCUGAAAAAACAAUGGCUCCACUACUACAAAUGUUUCCUAAUUUGCAUACUAAGGAGACUCUGGCUUCUGAAGAGGAACUUUCUCUAUUUAAGGGUUAUUCUUCCAGGAUGGCUGCUAUAGAUUAUACUGUUUGCCUUCAUAGUGAGGUGUUUGUCACAACUCAGGGGGGCAACUUUCCCCAUUUUCUGCUGGGCCACCGAAGAUACUUGUAUGGUGGACACGCUAAGACAAUUAAGCCUGAUAAGCGGAAGUUAGUGUUGCUGUUUGAUAAUCCCAAAAUAGGAUGGAAAAGUUUGAAGCGCCAACUGCUGAACAUGAGGUCACACAGUGAUUCCAAGGGAGUUGAGCUCAAAAGACCAAAUGACUCUAUAUACAGCUUUCCAUGCCCAGACUGUAUGUGCCGUGCCAACAAAACCGCCGAUUCAAAAUCUAAAUCAGUAACUGCCGAUUCAAAAUCUAAAUCAGCAGCUUGAUCUACUAACAGAAUUUGAUGGGUGUUUCUGCUUCUUAUAAUUUUGUGAGCAUGCCCUGCAGCAUUUCUGAUACUGUGAUUUUCAUUUCCCCUUAUUCCCUUCAGGGAGAAGGCAUACACACCAUUUUUGGAGAUCACAUGUUUUUGUUGAAGGUCUCGUUGCUGAGUAUAUAUUUGGAUUAAAUUUUAAGGGAGUGACAUGCUUUUUACACAUGAUGCCAAUUCAGAACAGAAUGGAAAAUGUUUCUUUGCAGGAAUCUCUCCCAGAACAUUGAGUGAGCUAUGUUCCGCACAUGAAUUAGUAGCUGCUGUGCCUGUAUCGAACAACCUGUUUAAAGAGUCAACGGAAAAGCUUACAUUCCUUUCACAACCUGCCUGUACAUUACCCGAAGUAUGAUAUUCAUGUGUUAAGGCUGUAGCAAGCAAUAACUCUCUGUACAUUUACAAAUUCAGGGUUUUCUUGGUCUGUUUUAGAUUAAAUUUAUUUUUCCUUUGUUCAUGUUACCACAGUUGUAGUUCGUUUGCCCUCAUAUUGAGGGCCUAGUUAUUAGUAUAUUAGCUCAUUUGUUAUUCUUUUA